AUGGCCGAUGUUCCUCUGCAUGUCAUUUCGGAAAACUCCUCGUCAGAGCGCCGCAUCACCCCAUCAUGGACCAUCAGCCAGCUGAGGUCCAAGCUGGAACCCAUUACCGGUAUCCCGCCCUCGUCCCAGAGAAUCAGCCUCAAAACAGCCUCGGCCACUGUUCCGAUUGAAGCAUCCGAUGAGGACAGCGCCUACUUGACAGCUUUUUCCCUGGCACCCUACGCCGAGCUGCAUGUGGCUGACACUCGACCGGCGGGAGCUCGCCCGAAUUUUACCGAUACUUCGGGAGUUGAGAAGUACGUUAUGCCAGAGGAGGAGUACGCCAAAAAGUCCGAUUCUGUGCUGGCCUGGAAGAAGGCUCAGAAGCUCGGUCGCUUCGACCCCGACGCGCCAAGCCACGAGCAGGCCAAGAUUGAUGCUUUACAGCAAGAAAUCGAGCAAAAGGGCAUUCAAGUCGGUAAACGAUGCCGUGUGGGCGGAGAAGAUUCUCGGAGAGGAACUGUCCGGUAUGUUGGUGAUGUCAAGGAAAUCCCUGGCGGUCUGGGUCCUUGGAUCGGAGUUCAUCUUGAUGAACCCGUUGGUAAGAACGACGGCAGCAUUGCCGGAACGCGGUAUUGGGGCGAGGAAUCGACUCUGAAGCACGGAGUCUUUGUGAGGCCCGAGCGGGUUGAGGUUGGCAACUGGCCAGUCCUGGACGACCUGGAAGACAUGGAAGAGAUCUGA